GGUUCUAUCUCUCACUCCCCUCCGACAUCGCUCUCCACUCCAUUCUCUAACUUCUAUUAAGUCGUCUCUCUUUUGGAGCCCAGCGUCCCUCUCUCUCUCUCUCUCUCCUUGACUGUGUGGUUUUCUGUUCGCGAUUCCCUAUUGAGUUAGUUUUCUAACCCUGACACUUAACCCAAGAAGCUACAGAGCAUAAGCAGAACCCCCCUUUUCUCUGUUGCUUCUUCUUCUUCCUCGUCUACUACCAAUUCUUCCUCCUAUCAACCUUAUAUUCUAAUUUGCUCAGUCUCUUCUUCACACGGAGGUUGGGAGAUUCUCAGUGCAUUCGAUUGAAGGAAAGAAAUGACGAAGCAGAACGUUGUCGUUUCCGAUGUGAAGUGCGGGAUUAAUGAUAUGAUCUCAGUCGUGCCGAAGGGGUCUCUGUUUCCCUCGACGGGACAGAAGCCACCCAAGGCACCAGAUGGGUACGUAAGCAUUUCUCGCAAUAAGUUCUUGAAAAAACUCGAAACAGGGGGAGGUGCCAGAAUCAAUCCCUGGGUUGAAUCCAUGAGAGCCUCUUCUCCUACACAUAUUAAGUCCAACCCAUCUCUGUCUUCGACUGUUCAUCAAGAAGACUCCUGGAUUCUUGAUCAUCCUUCUGCCUUGAACAUGUUCGAGCAGAUCAUGAGUGCUUCAAAAGGAAAGCAAAUCGUCAUGUUUCUCGACUACGAUGGUACACUAUCGCCCAUCGUGGACGACCCAGAUCGAGCUUUCAUGUCCCGGGCGAUGAGGGCAGCCGUAAAAGCCGUGGCAAGAUACUUCCCCACUGCCAUCGUGAGUGGAAGGUGCAGAGACAAGGUUUACAGCUUUGUACGUUUAGCAGAGCUGUACUACGCAGGUAGCCAUGGAAUGGACAUUAAAGGACCAGCCAAAGGUCCGAGAUACAGCAAAGGUAAUGAGCCAGUUCUCUUCCAACCCGCCAGUGAAUUCUUACCCAUGAUAGAUGAGGUGUACAAAGCAUUGGUGGAGAAAAUCAAAUCCAUCCCAGGAGCCAAGGUGGAGCAUAACAGGUUCUGUGUGUCUGUGCACUUCCGCUGUGUUGAUGAAAAGAAAUGGGGUUCACUAGCGGAGCAGGUUCGAGCUGUGCUCAAGGAGUACCCAAAGCUUCGACUGUCUCAAGGGAGGAAGGUACUUGAGAUCCGUCCGACUAUUAAAUGGGACAAAGGGAGGGCCCUGGAAUUUCUGCUGGAGUCACUCGGGUACGCCAACUGUAGUAAUGUUUUGCCUGUUUAUAUUGGAGAUGAUAGAACAGAUGAAGAUGCAUUCAAGGUUUUGCGCGAUAAAGGACUAGGUUUUGGAAUUCUUGUGUCUAAAAUUCCAAAAGAUACAAAUGCUUCUUACUCUCUUCAAGAACCAUCCGAGGUGAUGCUCUUCUUGCACCGUCUGGUGGAGUGGCAAAGACCGUCACGAGGGCGCCCUCGAGAGUCUAAAAUUUACAAUACAAGCACAUAAUCCGAGCAACUCUCCUACCCACAACCCACCCCCAAAAAUAUAAGGGUGAGAAUGGGAAGAUAAAUUGAUAAUAUGUAUUUUUCUUCUUGUUU